UUUUUUCUAACUUCAAACUUCUGGUUCUCUUCAUUCUCACUGUCUAGGGUUUAGUGACUUUAUGCUCCUCGAUUCACAGACUUAUGGUGCAUCGAGUAGAGUAACUUUGAGAAGGAUUAAUUAGCCAUGGAUGCAGAGGACUCAAAGAUACUUUCACAGGGGAACAUUAUUUCCUAAAGGUGAUGCUGGAGCUGUGCGGUUAUUUUCCAGUUCUCUUGAUGUAUUGAACAAAAGAGUGCAUAACGAUCAAAGCGUCCUUCAGUCACUAUGGUAAUGUGGCGGAAAUGAUCCGAUUUUGUCUUCUACUUAAAAAAGUUGCAGAAUCAGGUGGCUGUUGAAUUACUUCUAACUUAGAUGGCUCCAAACUGUCCAAUGGAGAAGGAACAAAAGGAUGAAGGCCACUUUGACAAAACCCAAACAUUAAAAGAUGCUGGGAUGAUUGAGCUCUCAGUUCCAUGUCAUCGUCCUUCUUCAAAUGAACAACGCAAAGAAGAAGAACCACAUGAGCUUCUUGUUCCUGAUCUUUGCAGUCUCCCACUCACUCCUCCAACUGCAGUAGAUUGCAACUUCACUUGCUACUUUGCUCCUGAUUUUAUGAAGCCAGACCAUGAUCAGUAUGUUUAUCGCCAUCCAAAUGGGUUGUGCGUAAUUGGAUUGGCUUCGACUCAUGUUGCUUUAAAAGAUAACAGAGUUAAGACCGUUGAUUUCAAUGUAGGAAAGUCUAAUCGGAGUGAGAUUAAGGUGUCCGGAAAGCGCAAAAGAAAUGCACAACGUUUUGAACCUAACACAGCUUUAUGUAAAGUGUCGACGAGUAACGAUGAUACUUCUUAUAUAGUGAGGUGUUGUGUGAAAGGGUCUUUGCUUGAGGUGAAUGAAAGGCUAAUUAAACAAGAUGAUUUGCUUAACUCAUCGGCAGACCGAGAAGGAUACAUUGCAAUUAUCAUGCCCACCCCAACGGAUUGGAUCAAAGCCAAGAAUCAGUUAUUGAGUCUUGAGGAGUUCAAGAAACUAAGAGGUCUCUGCUGAAACCCUUGGAUCCAAUAUCAAGGUAACGACUGGCCUUUGGCUUCAACUUUAUAGAUUUAAGUUCUUGCAGUUUCUCUUGUUCUUUUUCUUUUAUUUUAUCUCAAAUUUUAUUAUGCCCAAACUCAUACUUGUUUUAUGAUAUAUAUGGAGAUAAUUUACAGCAAAACAAGGUAGAAACCAUAGAAUAUGUUUGUUUUGACA